CGAUUGGCAGAUUUUUGUUUUUUUGUAACUUGCGCGCUCGAUAAAGACCUUAUUCCCACGUUUUUUUUUCACCGCGUAUUAUAUUGUUUACAGUGCAAGUAUAGUGGCGGGACUCAGUGGCUCGAUGCCCAUACCAACUGAGAUUAAACCCAACCAUAUUCCCAUGGCUCGGCUAAGCGAUCCGACAUGUCAUUCCAGUUCGUUGCUAAAAUUACUGGUACUCUCUAUGCCAUGAAUAUAUGUGUAUAUAUGCAAUGUAAUAUAUGCGACCCUCCUUUGUGUCCACUUGCGCAUAUACAUUUGAUAGGUCCUUCUUCUUAUUUUACUACUACCUAUGAUAUCCCACGUGCAAUUCGGGCAUCCUUCUCGUUGCAAAACUUCCUCGUAGACACUAUACUAAAUAUUGUCAAACAGCAGAAGGCAAUAAGAAUUCCAAAGACAACUACAAGCGGUCCCAGGAUAGCAAACACGGUAAACCCAUAUGAUGCCGACUGAAACGAGUCACUCUUCAUCAGCGCUUCGUUAGAAAGUCCAACUUGCAUAGCCGUCAAGACAAUGGCAAGGUAUACUGUUGAACCAGCCACCCAUGCCAGAUUAUCGUUGAAAAACGUGCUCGUUUGGUUCCAAAACCUCACAUAGCCCUUCCCAGGCGUCUCCAUAAAGUAGUAUAUCUUGGUCAGGCGCCCCAGCCGUAAUUCGCCAUGGUGAAACCGCUUGUCUAUCCGUGCAUGGAUGGUUUCGAGGCGGAGCUCGUUUACUACCGCCUGCCACUGCGCCCACGUUAACUCCUUCGGGAUUAGGCAUCGAUCCCUGGCAAUACAAAAGUCGCUCUCAUAAGCAAUCAACGCGGCAUAUGAGUAGAGGAACCCAAGGGCCCGUCGAUAAUGCAAUUGCCGCGGUGAAUCCGGUUUUGUACUGCCGACCCUCUCACAAAGGUACUUGUCCCAGAACGCGGCGGUCAGUAGCCAUCGUGGCAGGGGCUUUAUAUACAUCCGGCCUGUUGUCCAGACAAGAUGCAUAUCCAUGCGCUCGGUAAUAAAAAUGUGGCGAUUCAGCGAUAUCUGUUGGUGUAGCGGGCGCGGGGGAAUGGGUAGCCCGGCGAGCCAUAGCCACGUGUGGAUGACCGCCAGACGGGCUAUGUCCAGCUCAUUGUCAAUAAAAGCAGUGACGUGAUGCCGGGUUGUGAGGAUAUCAUUGUCACUGUUGCGAAAAGAUGAUGGAAGCAAUGUGAUGAGAUCCUCGGUGUCCGUUACACUGUGGCCUACAGAAGGCAAUGGCACCGCGUUGGAGAAUGGACACUGGAACAGGUAGUAAGCAACGAAUGUCAAAAGACGGUCAGCCGAAACCCACUCACUGUUGUCUCAUCAUACACGCUCAUUGUAGACAUGGUGGACGAGCGCAAAAUGAUAGCUUUUAACCGAUCACGGAUAAGGCCUUCCGACCGAGAAUUCAAGACAUACUCCGCAUAGGACAGCCACUGCCGAGGAAAGGAAAACAAAACAAGAUACAGACUGCGGGAGUAGGCUGGGGCUGAACCGCUGUCAGCAAAAGUGACGUGGGGUUUACAGUGUCUGCACGCCACGCACGCUUAACGGGCUAGGCCGUCCAAGGUGGAGUUGUCUUUUUUCCAAACUUGGCCAGAAAGCGGACAGCCCGUGAUUUGUUGAUACGGCGUCACCCUAGUUGCUAGUCGGUCCCCUUGCAUCCCACCAUCGGCGAGUAUCGAGAUCGACUCGAGUCUUCUCCCGUUGCUGCUGCAGCGAAACUACAGGGGGCUACUUUCCAGCAACUACGAAUGUUUCUGACAAAUGACGCAUCAUGGCUAACCUCACAAAGUCAAAGGUGCCUUUCACAUGGCGGGUUGGCGGUAUACCCAUAUUUUGGUCAAAGGAGGAUAUUAUGAAUGGCCUCUCCAUGGCGUUUGAGUGCUAUACUGCCAAUAUUGAAAUUGUGAGCAGUGAGCCGGUAAUGGGCCAUGAAUACGAGCUGCAGGUUGCCACGAUGCGGUUUACAACCCUUCCUGCCAGCCUGGAGAAUACAUGCGACAAAGCGUUCCAUGUUCUGACUGUCAAUCCCGCGGACGGGGCCACAGAUAAAGUCCUGCUCACUAUAGACCGACAUUUCGAAGGUCUCACUACUCUCUAUGCGCCGCCUGGUGGGCAAAUCGAUGUCAAUAUUAUUGCAUUGUCUGGUCUUGGUAGCCAUCCGUACGGGUCCUUCGUCCACAAAGAAAGUGGUGUUGGGCACAUGUGGCUCCAAAAGGAUAUACCAGCGAGGAUCCCCAAUGCCCGCGUCCUUAUUUACGGUUAUGAUACCAAGCUUGAAAACAGCGACAGUUUUGCAACCCUGAAAGAUCUGGCGCGGCCAAUAGCGACGGUGCUCAAAGAGUGUCUGUCUGCUCCAGACCACAGACCCUACGUCAUACUGGCACACAGCCUAGGUGGGUUGCUCGUGCAAGAGGCUAUUCUUCAAAUUUCAGAAUCCGAGGAGGACAACGAGUGUAACUUGCUGCGAGACCUGCUGGGUAUCCUCUUCUUCGGCGUUCCAACCGACGGCAUGUUAACAGAGCCCCUUUUGCCCUUAGUCGAAGGAAAACCCAAUCAGCCGCUCAUCGAGGCACUGAGCAUGAAGAAUCAACCAAAUCAGCCAGGCCGCAACUUUGCUAAUAUUUUGGAAGACUUUAAAGUGUGGUGUUUCUAUGAAACGAAGCUCUCUCCAACAGUUAUUCGAGAUGAGACCACUGGUAAAUUGAUCUAUGGGGGCGAGAAGAAGCUCGUAGUCAGCGAGCGAUCAGCGACAGCCUGCUUGCGCCGACAAGCCUCAGACAAGUAUUCAGUGCCGCUGGAGAAGACGCAUAGCGAUCUAGUCAAGCUCUCGCCAAACGACACACAAAAGAGCCGCAUCAUGGUCGCCAUUACAGAAGCAUGCAAGCCCGUGCAGUGGCUCCCGCAUAUUGAAACCGGCGAAAGGCUGCUGGACCGCGACCCAGGCGAGGCGCAAAAGUACUUUCAAUAUGUGCUAGAUGACUGCAACAACUCGGUUCUCAAGCGCGGAAGUGACUCCCUCGGGCUAGUGUUGGCAUACCGCGGCCUUAUUUCCGUCAACAAAAUAUAUGCUCGCCGUGGCCGCAACUGGUUCAUGUAUUUGAGUAAUGCGGAGGAAUACAGACGCAGAGCGCUGUCGGAAGUGCGCACAGGGACGUUGGCUCACGAGAGCCUCAAGUUGGAUAAUUUUGCGAUCCAGGAGAUUGAGCUGCGGCUGCUUAGCAAUGCGGGUAGACCGUCGACGCGAAGUCUGUCUAGUUUGGCAUUUGAUAUCCGGGAACUGGAGCGUGAUGUAAAAGCGCAGUAUACCAUUCUUCCCAGGCAGCAUCGAUUCCUGAAGCAUAUAGAUCGGUUACUCAUUGAUCUAUAAUCAUACUCAUUCACUAUUUAUAUAUUCUGUCUAUCAUAUAUGAAAUUUGUAUAUUUAAUAGGAUAUUCUUACAUUCCCAAGACAGUAGUACUCGUCCAAAGUCUACAUAAAAUCAUACUGCCUACAAACAGAGUCAACCCGCUCAGGUAUCAAACAUGCGCCGUUAACAAGCCAUCUUCUACUUUCCUUUUCCCGCUUUUUGGUCUAUUUAAAACUUCGAAUAUUUCCAGCCUCUUCUCGUGGUGGCAGGCCUGGAAGCUCGAUAUCCGAGCCCAUAUUGUGUCCCUGGGCAGGUGGUGGUGCGGUAAAGGUCGAUGCAGGAGGGCGGAAAUGGAUAGGAGGAGGGAUGAAGCUACCGCCACUACUUGAGCCAGUAUGCGCUGGCGGUGUGUAGGGGUGAACUAUGUCUCCUGGUAUCUCUAUGGGCUCACUGGGAGAUAUGGGCGAGUAGACGGGCGGACCAGACAAUGGGGGAGACGGUGCGCCGUAGCCAUAUUCUGGCUGGUGACCCUCAUUAGGCUUCUCAGGAGGUUGCGCAUAUUCGCCUUUGCCAGCAAUCUUCCUCUUGCGCCAGACCCAGAAGGCAAUACCUGCCACAAUGAGGACAACUAGGGGAAUAGCAACGGCAAUGCCUAUUACGGUUUUGCUCGGCCCGGAGUUGCCGCUAGAGGUACCAGCGGAAUCUUGUUGCGAGUUGGAUGGUGGAGGCGCGGACGUGGCAGAGGGUUUGCCGGUGGUUGUUGAAGCGGAGGUUGUCGGUGUGGUAUCGGUUGCUUUCACAAUGGCCCAAUACAUGGAUGUGUCGUCCGUCAGAUCAUCCACUGUACGUAGACCAACUAUGGUUUGCCCGGCCGGGUUGUGGUAGUUUGCGAGAUACUGCACAGGGCUAUUGGCGGCUCGAUUCGCAAAAUACGCUUUGUUGUCGCUGCCCUAUUGUCGAUGUCAGUCGUGACUGGAAAUGGCACGCGUAGAAGAGGGUGGGACAUACAAGCUUCUCCCAAUACUGGUUAAAGUCGUUCUUAUCCCAGGCUUGACCGAUGAUGGGUGAUUCGCCGCUCUUGGUAGUGAACCAACUCAGGCGGAGGUUCGUCGCAACCUUGUUGUAUAUGUAGUAAUAAGGGUCAUUCUUAACAGCCAAGAGGGUCCAUAAACCCGCGUCGCCAACUGUUUUACACGAGUCGACCUUGACGUUGUGAUCGUUGUCUUUAAAUGUAUAGUACAUGCAUAGGUCCGCAUUGCCGAACGGCUUGAUGUUAACAGCCUGGUCGGGGUAGUAGCCAGACAUGGUGGGCUUGCGAUAUCGAUACGUGAUGGAUUUGCAGUUUUGGAGGAGAAGCGAUGGGAGAACUAGGAGGGGGGCGAAUUGAUGAUUUGGGGAGGAAAAGAUUUGUACAGCAGCCUGACCAUCACCAGGAGACAACUACGGGGCUCGUUGUCUCCAUAUACAGUACACACCCCAGCCAGCCCUCUUGCGGCUGACUUGCAUAAUGUCGCCGCGGGACGAAUGAUGGAGGUUUGUGGCCCUGGAAGGAUCUUAG